AUUAAUUGUUUUAUUUUCUCUCUCCUCUCUAUCUCUGUCUUUCUCUCUCCUCUCUUUCGAAAGCGAAACCAGAAAACUGCGAAAAAACCAAAAAUCCGCUCUGGAAAACGGAUCCGAAAGGAAUUACGAACCACCGAAAACCCUAACCCUAGCUGCGGGCUUAUCCUCUCCAUCUCCGAACAAUAACGACGCGAAACUCCUGGAAAUUAGAGCUAGGGUUUGAACUUUUCCGUUCCUUUUCUUUUAAUUUGCUGAAGAACCGGUCCAUUUGGAUUUAGAUUCUAGGAUUUUUAGGAAUUUCUAGGGUUUGGAUUUUCGCCCUUUUUGUGUUAUGGAUUGUUGUCGGUGAUGACCGGAGGGCGAUGUCACCGGCGAAAGAAGAAGAUGAUGGGUAGGGGUAAGGACGGAGGUUGCGGCACCGAGGAGAGGCCUUGCCCCGUUUCUAGGGUUCCGGCGAAAAUUCCGGCCGCUUCACCGGAGAACUCGACGCUUUCGUCGACGGUGAGCGGUGUUGAUUUUUUUGCCCAGGCGAGGAAGGCUCUGUGCCUCCGCUCCCCGUUCGAUGGUCCCGAGGAGGCUUCUCCGGCGAGUGUGCCCACUCUCCCGGGCGGGUUGGCGUACUUCCUUUUGAGGCAGUCGGAUAAUCGGAAACGGCACAAGAAGUCGCAUUCGGGCGCGGAUAACAAGAAGAAGAAGAAGUCAUCACGGUCCAAAGUCGUUCCCAACAUAUGGGUCGAGACUGAGGAGUACUUCAGGGACUUGACAAUGUCGGACAUUGAAAAAUUGUCUCAGGUUUCUGAAUUCAUUUCUAAUCCAGCUGCGCGCAACUGUUUCUUGAUUUCGGCAUUGGGAAAAGUGGAGGGAGAGAAUGUAAUUAGUGGACGCGAAAAUGAGGUUGCAGUAGAAAAGGAAAAUGGGGAUAUUGUGAAGAAAAGUAUAACAGAGGAAGAGAACGAGUCUAUGGAAAUUGAUAGUGUAGGUGAUGAGGGUUUGCCUCUGAAGGAAAAUAUUACUUUUUCUGUCGCCGAAUCGGCGAGUGGUCUAGAGUGGCUUUUAGGUUCUAAGGAUAAGGUUUGUUUGACGUCAGAGCGGCCUUCGAAGAAACGAAAGCUUCUAGGCGGUGAUGCUGGGUUGGAGAAAGUUUUAGUUGCCUCUUCUUGUGAUGGAAAUUCAUCCUUGUGCCAUUUUUGCUCCGGAGGGGACACUGGAAAAGAGUUGAACCGGUUGGUAUCUUGUAGUUCUUGUCAGGUUUCUGUUCAUAAAAAGUGUUAUGGGGUUCAAGAGGAGGCUGUGGACCCAUCAUGGUUGUGUACUUGGUGUAAGCAGAAGAGUAGUGAUAGUAGCAGGGAUUUAGAAAAACCUUGUGUCCUUUGCCCCAAGCAGGGUGGCGCUUUGAAACCGGUUUCUCGGAAGGUUGGAAGUGACGGGUCUGCAGAAUUCGCUCACUUGUUCUGUUGUCAGUGGUCGCCUGAGGUUUAUAUAGAGGACUUAGUGAAGAUGGAGCCAAUUAUGAAUGUAGAAGCAAUAAAGGAAACUCGUAAAAGGUUGGUUUGCACCAUAUGCAAAGUGAAGUGGGGCGCUUGUGUUCGAUGCAGCCAUGGAACUUGCAGGACUGCUUUCCAUCCUCUAUGUGCAAGGGAGGCUAGAAACAGAAUGGAAGUUUGGGGAAAGUAUGCUCAUGAUAAUGUUGAGUUACGGGCCUUUUGCUCGAAGCACUCUGAAGCAUUGGAUAACAACAACACUUCACAGUCAGGUGACACUUCUGUAGUUGCUGACAGUAACUCCGAUUCCAUCGACCAUCUUCCUGAGAAGUCAAAUGUUGGCUGCAGAAAUGGAGAUAGUACUGCAGUUCAUUCUGAAGUGCCUGAUAGCAAUUCUGACAGAUCUUGUGACAAUGAAUCACAAGAGACAGGAUUUACUGGUUCCAAACUAAAUGCUAGACUUGUAGCAGGGUGCAAUGAUGCACAGCCGCUUACUGAAAAGAGCAGCGAGGAUUUUAAUAAUUUGGAAUCCACUAAUUAUGCAUUGAUUUUGAAGAAGUUGGUUGAUCGUGGGAGAAUAAAUAUGGAAGACGUUGCUUCUCAGAUUGGCAUCUCAGCGAAUUCUUUAUCUGCCUCACUUGCUGAUGAUACUAUGGUCCCUGAUAUGCAAUGCAAAAUACUUAAAUGGCUAAAAAACAAUGUGCACUUGAGUACUUUACAGAAAAAUUUCAGAGUUAAAAUACCAUCAAGGGUUUCAUCCAAGGCUGAGUGUGGAGCUGUUGAUGAUUCUGGUACUGUAUCAGUCCCAGAAUCCGAUAUUGCUGAUCCUGUAGCUGUUAAGUCUGUACCUCCGAGGCGAAGAACUAAAAGCAAUCUUGGGAUUUUGAAUGAUCCCAAAAUGGUAUGCUCACCACAGGAGAUUUUCGGCAACAAAAAGACUUUAGUGAAUGAGGUUAAGGUGGAUCAACGUGUUAAUGAGGAACCUGAAAAUUCAAAUGAAGCAACUAUGCCUCAUGCAGUUGGGAAGAACUUGACUAAGCCGGAAGGUGUUCAUCAUUCUUCAUCUAUGCGCGCUAGUGAAGCAGGCAGCCCAGCUGAACCCUUGAACUGUAUCCCUCAACAAAGUGGCCAAGCAGAGGAGGGUACUUUGGUGAAUGGGGAUGGAAAUCGACUUUGUUCAGCUGCAGAUUUAGUUGUUCCUGAUAUGCAAAAAACAGAAGCAGAACCAGUUCCCAGCUUCUAUAUCCAUCCAGAUAUUCAAAAAAAGCUACUGCAAAUGCAGAGCGGGGUGGAUUUGAAAAGCAGCCCAGCGUGUGAUUUUGGCAAUGGUUCCAGAGAUGGGGAAUGUUCUCGUUUUGAGUCGUCCACUAGUGCCAGUGUUUGCUGUAAUCACCAAAAUAAACAUCCAAGGUGCGACGAGAUUAUGGGAAAUGAUGAUGUACGGAGUCUAGAACAGUUGGUUAAAGCUAGGAACAUGGGGAUUAUGGAACUCUCUCCAAAAGAUGAUGUGGAAGGAGAAAUCAUUUAUUUCCAGCACAGGUUGCUGAGUAAUGCAGUUGCGAGAAAGCAAUCAACUGAUAAGUUAAUAUUGAACAUUGCUAAGAGUCUGCCGCAGGAGAUUGAGCUUGCACGGAUGAGCAGAUGGGAUGCUAUGCAUGUUAACCAGUAUCUUUGUGAGCUUAGGGAGGCAAAGAAGCAGGGCAGAAAGGAAAGAAGGCAUAAAGAAGCACAAGCUGUGCUAGCAGCCGCAACUGCAGCUGCUGCAGCCUCUUCGAGGAUCUCUUCAUUUAGGAAAGACGCCUGUGAUGAAACUACUCAUCAGGAGAACAUGAUGAAGUUGAACACUACCAGUGGGAGGUCUGGCAGUUGCUCUCAGCCAAUCCCUCGGGCAAAAGAAACACUUCAGAAGGGGGCUGUUCCAAGGGUUUCGUUGGAGAAGCAUUCUGAUUUUGCACCGUCAGUUGUAGAUUUCUCUAAAGAACACCCUAGAUCAUGUGACAUCUGCAGACGUUCUGAAACAAUGUUAAAUCCCAUCUUAGUUUGUUGUGGCUGCAAGGUUGCAGUUCACCUGGAUUGCUAUCGUAGUGUUAAAGAAUCUACAGGCCCGUGGUACUGUGAGUUAUGUGAAGAAUUGUCAUCAUAUAGGAGUUCUGGAGCUCCUGCUGUUAACUUCUGGGAGAAACCUUAUUUUCUUGCUGAAUGUGGGUUAUGUGGUGGUACUACUGGUGCUUUUAGGAAAUCAUCUGAUGGUCAAUGGGUCCAUGCUUUCUGUGCUGAGUGGAUCUUUGACUCGAGAUUUAGAAGAGGACAAGUAAAUUGUGUUGAAGGAAUGGAGACAGUUUCCAAGGGGGUUGACCUAUGCAAUAUCUGUCGUCACAAACAUGGUGUCUGCAUAAAGUGCAAUUAUGGCCAUUGUCAGGCCACAUUUCACCCAUCAUGUGCUAGAAGUGCUGGUUUUUACAUGAACAUAAAGAGUUCUGGUGGCAAGCAGCAGCACAAGGCUUACUGUGAAAAGCAUAGCGUAGAGCAGAGGGCAAAGGCUGAAACACAAAAACAUGGAGUCGAGGAGUUAAAGAGCUUAAAACAAGUUAGAGUUGAACUAGAGAGGUUACGACUUCUCUGCGAGAGGAUCAUCAAACGUGAAAAAUUAAAGCGGGAAUUGGUUCUUUGCUCGCACGACAUACUUGCGGUGAAAAGAGAUCAUGUUGCUCGUUCUGCACUUGCACGUAGUCCCUUUUUUCUUCCUGAUGUUAGUUCAGAAUCGGUUACAACAUCUCUAAAGGGCCACACUGAUGAUUAUAAAUCUUGUAGUGAAGCAAUUCAAAGGUCAGAUGACGUAACUGUGGAUAGCACAGUUUCUGUAAAGCACCGAACUAAAGUUGCUGGCACUGUGGAUGACCAAAGGACAGAAGAUGACUGUUCUACAUCCCAAAACCAAUUUAGCCGGAAGCCUAUGGAGAGGACGCACUUUGCAGGGAAACACGUUCCUCAUAGACCUGUCUUGACACGUAAUCAUAUGGAUGAUGGAGAGUGGAGGUCAAAAUCUACGAAGCCAGAGACAUUUGAGAAAGAACUGGUAAUGACAUCGGAUCAAGCAUCUGUGAAAAACAUGCGGUUACCUAAAGGGUAUGCGUAUGUUCCUGCCGAUUGCAUUUUAAAUGAGAAGCAAAUCAACUGUGACACCGGUUCUGACGAACCACUGGAUCGUGGUGGGUAGCAUGGUGGCACACUUUUUUUGGUGUUUGAUUGUCUACUUGAGGACGAGAAAAUCAUUCCGGAUGAUAAUUUGGCCGCAACCGCCGCAGGGAAAAAAUGUGGUCUCGCAAAACUGCUGCCAUGCUAGUCUGUUUAUGGGGAACCCGCGGGAUAGGGCUCUCGCCAGUGCCACCCCCCGCGAAGAAAUCACAUUCUGUUUGGGCUGGGAACUGGGAGGUUUUUGCACAUUCUGUUUGGGCUAGGAAUUGGGAGGUUUUUGCAGCAAUUGUUGUAUAUUCUUUGUGAGAGUAACUGUACAGUGGGUGGAAGGGGCUUAUUCCAUUUACAUUUAUUAGGAGGCAACGUUUCUGUUUUUUUUUUUUUUUUUUUUUUUUUUUGGGUUUUCCUUCUAGAGUGGUUUAAAAAAAAAAAAAAAGGAGAGAGAUUUACUUGUAACCAUGUACACGAAAUUAAAGGUAUCACUUACUAAGCCUACUCCUGUAAAGUUUAGUGUAUAUAACCUCACCAUAUUAAUCCUCGAAAGUUGCGCUCGCCGUUUGAUUGGAGCGUUUUAUUUUUGGUGUUUCAAGU